UUUAAGGAUGGUAAUGAGUUCGCUCUCGUAUUCGGAGAGUCGUCGAUGAUGUUAUGCCGCUGUACGGGAAAACCAGUUUGCGGUAGUCGAGAAUGUCGAUUCGGUCACCUUUUUUUUUUACAACUCGCGCGGCGAUUUCGAGUUCUCGACUUCGAUGCCCCGACGGGGAAGCGCGUGUGAAGCCUUUAAUUAUACCGUUAGAUCGAACGAGAGCCGAUGGGAGAGGAGAAGUACGGAGGAGCGCGUCUUCCCGUCAACGGCUCGAUUUUUUCAAUGAACAUUUUUUUAUCUCCAAAAACAGGCUGUAUAAGCACAUAAUUACAGAAAGAUGUAGGUAUCCGAGUGAAGGAAGAUGCCUCGAAUUUUCCUCGAAAUAUAAUUACACGGAGCUAUACGGCGGCGGCGCAGUACACAGGCCGGUGGUAAUUGAUGUUGCUCUCGCGGUGGCGCCGUCAGCGGCGAGCGAGCGACGCGCGUUUCGACAAACACAUACGCAGACAGAGUACAGACACACGGCGGCCGAACGCUGCGUGGAACGGUCGAGAGCUGCUGCAGCGCGUGCGGACGUAACAGAGCGACGACAAUUUUCCCCCUCGAUCAGGCGAGCUUUCCACGAUGGAGCUCGAGGUUGUGUCGGCGGGCAGCUCGAAGAGCAUCGCCUCCGUGACGGUGUCGCCGACGACGACGAUCGCCGAGAUCAAGCAGCAGCUCCACAGUCUGAAGAAGGCGCCCUACGCCCAGAGACAAUGCCUCAGACUGGAACCCAAGGGCAAAGCUCUCUCGGAUUCGGAGACGGUCAAGAGCCUACAGCUCAAGUACGGCUCGAAGCUGUACUUCAAGGACCUGGGGCCGCAGAUUGGCUGGAAGACUGUCUUUCUGGCUGAGUACGCCGGACCCCUGUUCGUCUACCUCUGGGUCUACCAGAGGCCAUGGAUCUUUUACGGAGAUGUACCCGAUGCAAAGAUUGACAGCGUAGCGCACUGGGCAGCGGCGUGCUGGUCCCUUCACUACGCCAAGAGACUACUAGAGACCUUAUUCGUUCAUCGCUUUAGCCAUGCCACUAUGCCAUUGAGAAAUCUUUUCAAGAACUGUUCGUAUUACUGGCUGUUCACAAUGUACGUGGCGUACCAUGUGAAUCAUCCACUCUACACACCACCCAGCUCAGCCAGAUUUGUCAUCGGUGCUGCAAUGUUCUUCUUGUGCGAACUGGGUAACUUGAGUAUUCACUUGGCGCUGAGGAAUCUGAGACCACCAGGGACUACGAUAAGGAGGAUUCCGGUGGCCACUGGCAAUCCGUUCACAUUGUUAUUUAAUUUUGUAUCUUGCCCUAACUAUACGUAUGAAGUUGGAAGCUGGAUUGGUUUUACUAUUAUGACCCAGUGCCUUCCAGCUGGUUUGUUUAUGUUGGCGGGUGCCUACCAGAUGGCCGUGUGGGCGCUAGGAAAGCACAAACUCUACAAGAAGGAGUUCUCGGACUACCCGAAGAGCCGCAAAGCCAUCUUUCCUUUUGUUCUGUGAACAAACGAACAUUCCUAGUGAUACAUUGUUCCAACACUAAAAGACUAUUAAAAUAAUUCAGAUAAGAAAGAAAAUCUGGUGUCGUGCAUUUUGUUUUUUGUUAGCAUUUAUACUGUCUGAAUAAAAAUGUUAUUUGAGGUAAAAAAAAG